GCAGAUCCAACAAUGAAGGAAGAGCCAACGUGGUCAACCGCCACUGAUCCUACAGUUUCCAGACAGAGACUUGAGCAGCAACCUACCUCACGACAGAGACCUUCUCUUCAUGAUGAUGACAUCCAACCACCCGAAGUCCAGCGCUACGUGGUGGAACACAUUAUGAAAACUGAGGAAAGUGCUUACCAUCUACAAAGGCUCCGAGUGUUUUCUGGACGGCUGCCUAGACCAGCACAUGAAGCAGACUACGAGACCUGGCAUUCAGGAGUGGAUCUGCUACUAAAAGACCCAUCAGUUUCUGAGCUGCAGCGAUCAAGGAGGAUCGUGGAGAGUUUACUUCCCCCAGCCGCUGAUAUGCUGAAGCAUCUAAGUUCAGAUACUCCACCUACUGUAUAUCUGAACAUAUUGGAUUCGGCAUAUGGCACGGUGCAAGAUGGAGAAGAACUCUUUGCAAAAUUCAUGGACACUUUCCAAGAUGCAGGGGAGAAGCCAUCUUCAUACCUCCAGCGGCUGCAGGUGAUGGUGGAGCCGUUGCUGCUUUAACCAAAUUGACUCAGCAGUUGGCAGAACAACUGGCAGAUGUACAGCGGCAGCUGGCUAAGCUAACAUCCACAACCACCCAGCCCAGGACUACAUCACAACCUAAAGUAAUGCACAGUAAGCCGGGUGAAAAAGGGGGCAAUACAGUGACAUCCAAACAGUCCCCACCAGUCCAUGUUAAACCUGGUUAUUGUUUCAGGUGUGGUGAAAAUGGUCAUAUUAAGCCACAAUGUAAUAAUGAACCAAACCCUGCUCUUGUUGCCAGAAAAAGGAAACAGUUUGCUCAGCGACAGCAGAACAUCUUUCAGAAGAAGUUAAACUAGGCAUGGUUCCUGUUGCGGGACAAACCGGAACCAGUCCCAGCCAAACCGGUCCCCUUAUUAAAGAAAAGACUGUUAAAUGUACAAAACUGCAAGCCCAAGCUAAUAAACUACCCACUCAGCUACCCAAAGGUU